AUGGCCCAUCCCGCAUCUGCAGCGGGUUCUUCUGGAGAAUCCCGCGCUCCACCUACACCAUUGGCAGUACCGACUCCCGCUCCACAACCUUCCACCUCCGCUUCCGCCAAUAACUCACUUUCUGCCUCUCAAGCCUCUCAGACAACAUCCGUACUUACAGAAGACGAGGAAGAUCUGGAAGACUAUAGACCCGGUGGAUAUCAUCCCGUUAACAUUGGGGACGAUUUUAACAGCGGUCGUUAUAUUAUAGUCAGAAAAUUGGGAUGGGGUCAUUUUUCCACCGUAUGGUUAGCGAGAGAUAACAAUACGAAACGGCAUGUAGCGCUCAAAGUAGUAAAAUCAGAUGGCCAUUAUACCGAAACUGCACUGGAUGAGAUUCAACUUCUUCAACGCGUGGUCAACUCAUCUCAAACUCAUGCGGGACGAUGUCAUGUUGUUGGAUUGGUCGAUAAUUUCAGACAUACCGGUCCUAACGGUAGUCAUGUUUGUAUGGUGUUUGAAGUAUUGGGUGAGAAUUUGCUUGGGUUGAUCAAACGAUAUCAACACCGAGGUGUACCUCAGCACAUCGUGAAACAAAUCGCAAAACAGGUUCUUCUCGGUCUGGACUAUCUUCACUCGGAAUGCCGAAUCAUUCACACCGAUCUGAAGCCUGAGAACGUAUUGAUAUGUAUAGAAGACGUCGAAUCUGUUGUCCAAGCCGAGCUCGCCUCUUGUCCGGCCGCUGUUCCCACGAAGCUAGUCGGUGUGCCGCCUUCUCAAGGCAGAUUAGGCAACCAAACUCCCCGGAAAGAUGGAUUAUUCAUAGUGGGAUCGCAACCCCUGCCUUCACCCAGCUCAAGCUAUUCUAGUAGUCCAAUGUUGGACAAAUAUGGGUUUGGAAUGAGUAAGAUUUCUGGAGUGGACGCUUUCCCAAAAACCAACAGCGUUGCUGGUACUUCACAUGUGAAAAGAGAAAGUACGACGGAAGCAGAAGCGUUAGGUAACGGUAUAGGGAACGUGCAGCUUGGCGAAUCUGGAUCUGGGUUGAUAUGGGAGAAGACUAAAGUCAAAGCUCCUGCUCCACCGGCUCAAACUGGUCCUUCCUUAUUAUCUCAGCAAAUGAGCGCUGCUCCCUCAUCACCUUCACUCCAACCUGUAAAUAUUCCCUCAUCAUCUACAAACCCUUCGACUACCGCAACACCCAGUCAAACCGUAAUUUCCACUCCAGCGACAACACCUGAUUCAGGUCGAAACGAUGAAUUGAGAAUAUCGACAUCCGUUAUGUCGACUGAAUCGAUGUCACCGCCAAAACACACCACGAAAUCCGAGAAACAAAACUCCAAUCCACCUCUUGGACAAUCUGUCUCCACGACCGGAUUCACUACAUCUCCUGCUACCUCCCACAUCAACAAUUUGCAAGAUCAAGAAGCCCACCAUGAUCCUGAUGACCCCAAUCGAGAUGCCCCAGUGGCCGGUGAUCCAAACCAUCUUCCCCCACCAUUCCCCUACGACCCCAUAAGUCUCGAAAGAAUCACAGUCAAAAUCGCCGAUCUCGGUAAUGCUUGUUGGGUAGAUCAUCAUUUCACGAACGAUAUCCAAACUAGGCAAUACAGGUGUCCAGAAAUCAUAUUAGGGACAAGGUGGAACCAAAGCGUGGAUAUCUGGAGUGCGGCAUGUCUGUUUUUCGAAUUGUUGACAGGAGACUACCUCUUCGAUCCUCAACCGGGAGUGAAAUACGAUAAAGAUGACGAUCACGUUGCUCAAAUCAUGGAACUAUUGGGGGAAAUGCCAAGAUCAUUGGCUCUCUCUGGUAAAUACAGUCACGAGAUGUUCAACCGACGCGGUGAACUGCGUCAUAUCUCAAGAUUAAGAUUUUGGCCCAUGACUUCCGUGUUGAAGGAGAAAUAUUUGAUGGAACAGGAAGAUGCUGAAUUAUUAUCAUCGUUCAUCAUGCCAAUGCUUCAUUACUAUCCUGAUUCAAGAGCGACGGCAGCGGAAUUAGUGAACCAUCCUUGGUUGAACGGAGUAGUCGUACAAGGUGAAUUGGAAAUGGCUCAAAACUUCCACAGAGCUGAAAUGGAGAAGAUAAGAGCGCAACGAGGUGAAAACGGCAGUGAAAAUGAGGAUGCGCAAGGAAAAGGGCAGAACACAGAGAAUGGUGGAGGAUCAUUAAAAGAAGUUUUGGGACUAGGUCCAUCGGUCAAGGGGAUGGUAGGCAUGGGUAGAAUCUAA